CUUUCGAAGGCAGUGUAAUCAGGAACUCUACCCUACAUGAACACAAUGCCCGACUUCCGUAUUUGGAGCUGUUAUAGUGAAGCCUCACUCUUCAGCGCAAGGGAACUGGCUAGCCAAAGCUGAUCUUCCUUCAGCCCAGUCGACAUUUAUUUUGACAGCCCUUUCCUGCUUUGUGACCGCGCGUUGUCACCGCCAAAAUGGAGGUGCUACGUACCACCUAUAUCUAUACACCCUUGGACGAGACGAAGCGGCAGAUCUGUCUGCUUCACCUGCUCCCAGCGCUUAAAGCCGAGCCUUACGCCCACGCAAUCAAGCAAAGUCUUGAGGUAGACACGAAUGGCGAAGGUAUUCGAUGUGCUUUCAGUAUAGUGUCGCUGGACGACGAGCCCCAGUUCGAAGCGCUUUCCUACGUCUGGGGUGACAGAGAGAGUGACGCGGUGGUGGAGCUAAAGGGUCACUCGAGACCAUUCACCAGCAAUCUACAUUCCGCCCUGGAACAUCUCUGUCAUGUGGGCAGACGCGCUUUGCAUCAACUAGGGUGACUCCUCCGAAC